CGUCAGCAGCGUCAUUCCCGCAGCGGCUCCAGCGUCGCUUUCUCGCUCACUGAUGUGUAUUUACCUUUACUGUCUUCAGCCUGACUGUCGGGAAGGACUUUCCUCUCGUGUGAGAUCGUCAGGAUGUUUACAUGGAGGAUAAACGAAUUCGACCAGCUUUCGGCUGCUGCUAGCUCCUCGUUAGCCAGCUAGCUAGCUAGCUGCGUGGAAGGAGCUGAACGUGGCCAACCAGCGGCGCUCCGCCUGAUAUUUACCUCUAACCAGUUCUCCAGCCGGCCACUAACUAAUUAGAGCGCAACACCACCAUGGAGCUGUUUCAAGCCAAAGACCAUUACAUUGUCCAGAGUGGUGACCGGGCUCUGUGGUGCAGCCGAAAGGACGGAGCCGUGUCUCUCAGACCCGCAACAGAUCUGCUUCUGGCCUGGAACCCGGUAUGUUUGGGUCUUGUGGAAGGUGUCAUUGGAAAGAUACAGCUUCAUGCAGAUCUUCCCCUUGGGCUCGUAUUAAUCCGUCAGAAUGCACUGGUUGGCAAUUUACCAGGAAACCACAAAGUUUACAAGAUCACCAAAAUAGCUGUCAUUCCUCUGUCUGAUGAAGAUCCUCAGGAGCUUGACCUGGAGCUUUGCAAGAAGCAUCACUUUGGGAUCGACAAAGCCGAAAAAGUCACCCUGUCUCCAGACGACUCAAAGUUUUUGAUGAAAACUUUAAGCCAGAUCAAAUCCAAUGUGGCUGUGCCAAUCAAGAAAAAGUAUUCCCCUGCCUUCCAGGUCAAGGAAAACAAAGAAAAGGAACGAUUAGAGAGGCGGCUGCUUGAUGAACUGUACAAGAUAUUUAUGGACUCGGACUCCUUCUACUACAGUUUGACCUACGACCUGACGAACAGUGUGCAGCGUCAAGGAGACUCCUAUAAGUCCAGCUUAUCCCUGUGGAAACAGGUGGAUGACCGUUUCUUCUGGAAUAAACACAUGAUCCAAGACCUUACUGCUCUUCAGGUCCGAGACGUGGACUUCUGGGUAAUACCCAUCAUCCAGGGCUUUGUUCAGGUGGAAGAGCUGGUGGUGAACUACAAUGACACCUCAGAUGAUGAGAGGAGCAGCCCAGAGACUCCACCGCAGGAGAUCACCUGUGUGGACGACAUCCACCCUCGCUUCACUGUGGCCUUGAUCUCCCGACGUAGCCGCCACCGUGCAGGUAUGCGAUACAAGAGGAGAGGCGUGGAUACAGACGGCCAUGUGGCUAAUUAUGUGGAGACGGAGCAGCUGAUCCAUGUGCACAGCCACACGUUGUCCUUUGUACAGACUCGUGGAUCAGUGCCGGUUUUCUGGAGCCAAGCAGGGUACCGCUACAAUCCUCGGCCACGUUUAGAGAAAGGAGAGAGUGAAACCAUGCCUUACUUUGCUGCACACUUUGAAGAACAGCUUAAACUCUACAAGAAACAGGUUAUCAUUAAUUUGGUGGAUCAGAGUGGGCGAGAGAAGCUGAUUGGUGACGCAUAUCUGAAGCAAGUUCUACUUUACAACAACCCAAACCUCACAUACGUAUCAUUUGAUUUCCAUGAGCACUGCCGAGGUAUGAAGUUUGAGAACGUACAAACACUGACAGACGCGAUCUCUGAUAUCACCACAGACAUGAAGUGGGCCUGGGUGGACCAGGCAGGAGUUAUUUGUAAGCAGGAAGGCAUCUUCAGAGUCAACUGUAUGGACUGUCUGGACCGGACCAACGUGGUUCAGGCUGCUUUUGCUCGCGUGGUCAUGGAACAGCAGCUCAGGAAGCUGGGAGUGAUGCCUCCAGAACAGCCUCUGCCUCUCAGAUGUUACAGGAUUUAUCAGGUCAUGUGGGCCAACAACGGAGACACGAUCAGCAGACAGUACGCCGGCACGGCUGCACUCAAGGGGGACUUCACCAGGACUGGAGAGAGGAAGCUGGCGGGUGUGAUGAAGGACGGCGUGAACUCAGCUAAUCGCUACUAUUUGAACCGCUUCCGGGAUGCUUACAGACAGGCGGUAAUCGACCUCAUGAUGGGCCUGCCUGUGACGGAGGACCUCUACUCCAUCUUCAGUAAGGAGAAGGAGCAUGAGGAGAAGGAGAAGGAAAGCCAGCGAGGCGCCCAGGAGCAGAUCAGCCUCCUGCUGCAGACCUACAUGCAGCUGCUGCUCCCUGAUGACGAGCACUUCCACGGAGGCUGGGCCCUGAUCAACUGUGACAUGAGUCUCAUAGAUGCAGCCAACAAAGACGUGGAUGUUCUGCUGCUUCUGUCCAACAAAGCUUACUACAUCGCUUACUAUGAUGAAGAAGCAGACAAAGUCAACAAAUACCAGCGCCUCAGUCUAGAAGGUUUGGAAAAGAUUGAAAUCGGACCAGAGCCCACUCUGUUUGGAAGACCAAAGUUCAGCUGUAUGCGUCUGCAUUUCAGAAACGACGAGACGAGCGGAUACUUCCACACGCUGCGAGCAGCGACACGAAACCCUGACGAUGACGGAAAAGACACGUUGCAGUGCAUUGCUGAGAUGCUUCGGAUAACCAAAGAGGCCUUUGGGCUGGAGCUGCUGGUGGUGGAGAAGAAGCUGGAGAGGAAGCAGACUAAACCUCAUGAGGAUAUAAUGGGGAUCCAGAACAAAACCACAGACGAGGUACCCGAGUACUUGGGUCUGGCACAAGGGAAAAGUUUCCUCCUCAACAAAUUCUCCACUCUUAACCAGAAAGUGAAACAGACCAAGACAAACGUCAACAUUGGCACCUUCAAGCCCCUCGGCAGGCUGGGCAAUUUCUCAAAGCCUGACGUGAAGGUAAACUUCCUAAAACCAACGAUGCACGUCAACCUGUGGAAGUCGGACAGCAGCUUGGAGAUGUCAGACACCAACCCUGGAACUGGAAUCAUUAAAGAUAUUAGAGAUGAGAAUUCAGAAAUCUCUUCAGACUCUGAAUCGUACAAUUCGGACCCUGAACUCCUGUGUUCUGGCUCCUUAGAAAAUGUGGAUUAUGUGCUGCCCAGCUGUGGCAUUGUAGCAUCAAACCCAAGACUGGGCAGUUGCUCCCAGUCCAUUGGCAGCGUGGAGUUGAGCAUUCCCUCUGUUAUCCGGGUGAGUGGCUGUGACGGAAAACAGGAGCACUCCUCUGAGGUCAGCGAUGACCUGAAGUCUCCAGGAGCUGCAUCAGUAGCUGAAGAAGCCAUUCUGAUAGACUUUGGAACUCCAAUUGAUGCCUACUGCCAGCAGUUUGCCCAGGACGCCCAGAUCAAACCCGUGGAGGUGUUUGGAGAGCGGCCAUUAGCUACCAUCCUCCCAUUUGACCCUGUGGUUCCUGUGCAGAACAAGGCAGACCCAGAACAGCAGCCCGGCUCAGAGCAGCAGCUCCCCAGGCCGUCCCAGCUCGACGUGCAGUCUUCUACCUCAACCUCUACACUCCUCACCAUCCAGAAGCCCAGCUCUGCUCUCUCAGGAGGCUCGCAGAGGAGCUUUGGCUCACAGGUGGAGGGCAGCCUUGGCCCUUCGCCUGCCGACAGCAACAGUAGCCGAGCCGUGUCCCCCUUCGCCAAGAUCAAGAGCUCCAUGGUGCAGGUGGCCAGCCUCACACAGGCCGGGCUCACACAGGGCAUCAACUUUGCUGUGGCAAAGGUGCAGAAGAGCCCAGAGCCAGACACCGUGAGCGAGGCCCAUGACAGCGAGCUGAAGGCAAUGUUCACACAGUGCCAGACCAGGAUCAUCCAGAUCUAGUGCUCCUCUUGAAGCAGCAUUUUGUUGUAGUACGUAGCUCAGAAAACUCCAGUAUGGUAGCAGUAGUAAAAGCUUGUGCGUAGCGCCACCACUCCGCCAAGAAAUCUGCUCUUAAACUUGCCCUCUUGUCGUGUCAUCAUCUGUACAGGAUUCAGUUUCAGUAUGUUUACAUGCACACAAUCCUGCUCCAGGUUUUGAUAGAGGAGCUCCAGCUCACGCCCAUUUUGUGAUGCUGUCUUGCACACAUUGCUGUUUGGUCAGAAACUGCAGCAAUGAAUGAAUGAAUGAUCUGCACUAACCUCUGCACUUUGUGCAUGCUGGAUACAGAAUUAAUGUGCAUCCAGAUUCUGGUGGCCAUUCAGAACAUUUUGUGCAUGUAAACAUGUCACCAUCUGUCUCAAAAUAAUCUCAAAGUACCUAUCAUGCUUGCAUGCGAGGUAGAAGGUGAAUUAUUUUGACGAGGCAGGUUAAAAAUUAGCGUGUUGAUAGACCGACUCUGACACGUGCGUGCAGGUCACCUACCGGCAGAUAUAGAACUCGUAAUAACCUGAAGAGCUGUUUUAGAAUCUGACCAUUCCCAAAGGGCAGAGUGGUGUUAAAUAUUACCUUUGAUAUAGCUGUAAGACACAACCAAACCUACAUGGUCAUCCUAUGUAAUAUCAAUGUUGUAGAGUGUAACUUUGACUAUAUAUUACAGAAAUUAUGACUAAACCCGAGAGGUUGUUUCCUGAUGUGUACAGUCAGUAUUGUGUUUAUUCCCUGAAGCUUUUGUACUGACGGUUGGAUUUGUGUGCUCAUACGUGCGAGCAUCAGAUUUUAGAGAGCGUAUAAUGUUACUGCUAACAAAUAACCAAGAAACGUUAUGGUUGUACUUUUAUAUUCUAACAGUCGGACUGCUGACGUGUCCUAUGUCAGACGGAAGAGCGGCGUACGUGCACAGCUGCAGCGGCUCAGAGUAGGAACACUGGCGCUUCACAUGCUCCUGGAACGAAUUGAAUAUUUGCCUUAACAGGGGAUUAAAGUGGGAAUUAUGUAUAUCAGGUAUUUAUAGCAAACACUGCAUUUUUCACUCCACUGUUGUUACCGUUUUAUGUCCGAUCUGUCCUCCAGGGUUACUACAGUUCAGCAGGGCGUUGUCUUACGAUGUCUCAUGAUCUGCUUUCUAAGGGACGUUUAGUCGUCACCUGCUGCUGCUGGGAUUUAGACGAGCUUUCUGGAUUUAUGGGUAAUGAAGCUGUAAAGUUUUGGGUACGUUCUCCGUAACUUUUUGCCUCUUAGGUCACAGAACCUGGGCUGGUUUGCCCCCCCCCCCAACAGUGGCUUGUAUGUUCUCUAUUUAUUUGCCUUGUGUUGGAAUAUCGUAGGAUAAAAGGUCGUCUUUCAUACUCAUGUUUGAGUUAUGCACGCACGCACGCACGCACGCACACACACACACACACAGUGGACCGGUCACGUGGCCUGAUGAUGUUAAACAGCCAGCGUCCGGGCUGCUGUGGGUCCUACUUCUGACUUCUUGAACCUGCUGACUGACGGUGGUUCCUGCUACCAAACCUGUGGCAGCUGAAACAUGGUAAAGUUGUUGUUUGUGAACACUGGAGCGUUUCUCACACAGAGCCUGACACUUAUUGUCCUGAAUUUGGCAUCAAACCAAACAAAUGACAGUUAUUGGACAGAUUUAUUUUUUAUAACUCCUGUUUUUGACACCAUGUGCUUUUGCAGCCGCCUCUUCAGUUACUGUGCGAUUGUCCUCCUGGUUGGACAUGUUGAUAUUGUCCAUUUUGCACUGUUAAUGCAUUUUCUAGCAUUAGCACCGUCUUGUCCGUUGGCUUUUCUGGCAGCCGUCACCGUGUUUCCGGUGUGCUCAGAUUGUAUAUUAAGGCAUCUUAUUUAUUCAUACUGCGUCUGUUGUGUGUUACUUCAUGUCGAGGUGUGCUGUAUAGUUUGUCUAGAAUGAUGCUCUCUUGG